CCUGCACCGAUUGCCCGGCUCCCUCCUCCUCCCGCUGGCGGCUGUGUCUCCAUCCGUCCCCUGCCUCCCCUCUCGCCUGCCGCCCCCCAUCCCCCGGCGCCCUCCUCCCCGCCCGUGUCGUCGCAGCGACCACUCCCCUUCGCUUCCUCCCUCUUCCCCUUCCCCUAGCCGCCAAUGGAUCUCCCAAGCCCGCCGCCAGCCCUGAUUGCCUCGACCGCUGUGGCGGUGGUCGCCAGUCUGACUUCGGUCUUCCUCAUGCUGCGCCUGCGGUCGCUUUCCUCCGAGCCGUCGGCCCCGAAGAUCGAGCCUCACGACGAGGAGCUGGCCGUGCAGCUGGAGCAGGCCAUCCAGGCCAAGGAGAAGGCCGAGCAGCUGCGCCGCGAGGAGCGAACUGGCCGCAUCAAGGCCGAGCAGGCCCUCCGGUCGCUGCAGUCGGUGUCCAAGCUCCAGGGCUCCUCGGCUGACGCCGACGCCUCGGCCAGCGACACCGGCGCCGUCACGCUGGCCCCGGUGGAGGGUGCCGCCGGGACCCGGCCCCCGACGGACAUGCUCUUGCGGCCGAUCGGCCAUCUGCACUCGGUGUUCAAGACGCGCAAUGGCACCCCCCGGCAGGGGCUGGUGGUGACCCGGGCCCGGGCCACCUUGCGUCUGGACAAGUCCCUGAAGCUGGACGGCCGCUAUGCCUUCGAUGGGAUUGAGCACUACUCGCACCUCUACCUGAUCUUCGGCUUCCACGAGAACACCAACCUCCCUGGGGCUCCGCUCAAGAGCAAGGUCACCCCGCCGCGCUUCGGCCAGAAGGUGGGUGUCUUCGCCACGCGCUCGCCCCACCGGCCCAACCCCCUGGGCCUGAGCCUGGUCACCCUGGACGCCGUGAAGGAUGGCGUUCUGCAUCUGUCCGGCAUCGAUCUGAUCGACGGGACGCCCAUCUACGACAUCAAGGGCUACAACCCGGAUGUGGACGCCUUCCCGGACGCCACGCGUCCGGAGUGGAUUCCGCCCACCUCAUCCACGGACUUCUCCUCGGUGGAGUUCACCGAGGAGGCCUUGGCCUCGCUGGAACACCUGUGCCGGCGGAAUACCUUCCAGUUUUACCCCACCUUCCAGGAGGCCCAUGACUUCCUGGUGCAGGCGCUCAGCUUCGACAUCCGGUCCAUCCAUCGGCGCUCGCUGGCCGCCUCGCAGGCUGACGCGGCGCCGCUCGAGCACGCGGUCCAGUUUGACCGUGUCGUGGUCACCUACACCACGGAGGCCACCACGGUCCCGGGCCGCGGGCCGUCCGACAGCGAGGAGGAUGUCGAGCCGCUUGUGCGCAUCAUCCGCAUUGAGAAGAACCCGCGCUACUUCGGGGCCAAUGAGUAGUGGAGGUAGCUCGCCCUCGCCUCGUUCCCGCGCUCUCCUCGGCGGGGGGAAAAUGGAGCUGCCUGUGUCCCCGUGUGCUUUUCUUUCCUCCCCCCUCUGUCUCUCUCCCUCUUUCGCUCUCUUUCCUGCUCGUUUGCUUCCUGUCUCCGGCUGUGGAUUGAAUGCGCGCACGCGUCAGCGAGAGUGUGAACAAAUCCGACGAGCUGGCUGCCAUGAUCUCGGG